AUGACUACCAUCACGGACGAAGAGCUUUAUCUCAAUGCAGAAGUUUUAAAAGGCAAGGUCGUUCUGAUCACCGGUGCGUCGAGUGGAGUUGGUCAGGCGACGGCUGUAUCAUUUGCUUCGUACGGUGCAAAGGUUAUCAUUGGGGAUGUUGAUCUCGCUGGAGCGAAGCAUACCGUUCGCGAAUGUUUGCGCGUUGGUGGGACAAUUGGGUCUGACGCAAUGGUUCAGAAAUGUGAUGUGACUUCGUGGGAAGAACAAGUGGCACUAUUCGAGGCAGGCUAUAAAAAAUAUGGUCGGAUUGACUAUGUAAUUCCAAACGCUGGCAUUGUUGGAGAUGGCCCUCUCGCACUCAGCAAACGGACAAAGGACAUCCCUAACAAGCCAGAUACACGGACUAUUGAUAUCAACCUCGUUGGUGUGAUAUAUACGAUCAAAUUGGGUCAGCACUACCUUAUGAAGAACAAGCCAUUGGGUCCAAUGGCCAUCAUUUUUGUUGGCUCCAUGGCCGGCAAUCAAGGAUUCCCUCGUGCCGAGAUUUACUCCGCAACCAAACACGGCCUCAUAGGUCUCUGUCGAAGCCUUACAGAAGACUACCGCGCGCAAGGAAUCCGCACGGCCGUAGUCUGCCCCUGGUUCGUCGAUACGCCGCUCAUCAAGACAGACAACAGAGUUAUACUAGCGGGCGCCCCAUUCACGCCCAUCAACCGCGUUGCCGGUGCCAUCGUCUGCGCCGCCACAGAUCCGAAUUGGGAGACGAGUGGCGCGUCGUAUAACUUACCUGACGAUGGACCUGUUAUGCGUACGGAGAGGCACGAAUUGAGUGUCGGCGUAUACAAGAUCUUGACGGAAAGAAUCAACACCUUGAUCAAGGUUGAGACUACUAUCAACCGCUACAUGAACAUCGUAUCCGACUUGUUUAUGCUCGCCGCACCUCACUUGACGAUUGUAGCAUUUGUCUUGCCGAUCCUAGCUUACUGGUUGUUCACGCGUUGGAUGAAUAGCUAG